CCGUAAUGCCUAGUAUGAACAAAAUUAGGGGCGGCUGGCUUGACUGCUACUUUUCGAGUGGAGGCUGGCUUGACCGCAGUUUUUGACAAUGUGAGACAAAAAUCGGUUGCGCUUCGUUUACUCGUUCAAGAGAAUAUCAGCGAGGGAAUCUUAUUUAUUGAUUGAUUGAUUGGUUUAUUUAUUAUAGCUCGCGUCACCGCAAUUUACGAAACUUCCUGGUUUGGAUUCCCGAACGUGAACAAUCGAGUAAAUUGGAGGGCCACUGGAGUAAGACAAGAAGAUGAUUUUACUUGGGUUUAGUUGAACCUUGGAGAGAACUUUUAAAAGCCAGCUGAUAUUUCACUGAAGUCAUCACAUAGUCUGCUUUCCUUGCAAUGCCAUCUGGAUGUGUAGACAGUCAAGGAAAAGCCUAUCCUGCAUGCCAACAGCGUAGCAGUCCCCACCCCACUAUUUCAACUCAGAACAAUCAGGACAUCUUUGAUUCAAUGAUCAGCUCUGAAAAUGGAAUGCAAAACCACAAUGAAGCAAAUCAAUAUUCUGGGAAGCCUAUCGUAGACCAUCCAUUUCGCUCUCAAAAUCCUGCAACCCACAGUCAACAGGAGAAGGCUGCAAGCGAUGAAAACAUGGAACUCGUUCUCACCCACAGAUCUCAUGGAUUAUAAAUACCCUCCCAGAUCACUGCAGGUUUCAAAUCGCUCUUCAAGGCCACAUCUUCGUCGGAGAAGUUGCGUGCCAAUUCUAAUCCUAAUCCCCAUUUGUCCAAUGCACGAUGCCAUUUAUCUUUGCCAAUGAGUAGUUCACCAACUACUUUGAAUUUUGGACAAAACAAAGCACAAAACCUAGACUGUGCAGGCGGCGCUGAUUCAGCUGUUUGUGGGCAACUGGUGUCUUCUCGUCAGGCAUCAACAUGUGGGGUUUUGCCAACUGGAGAAAUGGAACCACCAACAGAUGAUCAAAUACAAACCCUGAUUGCAGACAGGCUCGCAUACUUUAGGACUCAAAAGAACAGUCUUUAUGGCUCUACAACUAUCCACAAGGGUCUGUCCUUUUGGACAAAUAACAGAGACGCCUGUUCCAAUCAAAUCGUUGCUGAGCAGUUCACUGCUGCCGCUGGAAAAGCCAAAUGCUUGAAUGGGAACACAGGAAAGGCUGAUGGGAUAUGUCCCAAAUUCAAAGAUGAUUUCACUGAUUCAGCAUCAGAAAAUCUUUCAUCAGAAUAUCUGCAAAUUAUGAUGGACGUUGCUACCACUUGUUCAAAGCAUCAAGGAGGAACCGACCAAAACGACUCAUCAAAAAUUAAUAAUAAGCCUGUUUGCGUCGGUGUGAGCAGUAAACCAGAACUUUUCCAAGUUGCACAUACCAAGUCAAAUUGUAUUGACUCUGUUGCGUCAAAUAAUGAAGUAAAACAUUUUCACGGUCCUGCAGAUUAUGCAGCACAAAAUUUGAAGACAUUACAGGAGAAAGCAUUAAGCCCUGUACCUAAAGGUAAGAAGGAGGAACUGUCCCUUGCGCAAUUUUUAAAGGAUCCACGAUAUGAAGACAUUUCAGAUGAUGACAGAGAUUUAAAGGAGCCAGCAGUAUUUCCUUUAAGAGAGCAAAAGAACAGGUUCCAAGCAUAUUUAGAAAAUCCUCAGUAUGAAGACAUAAGUGACGAUGAAACCAGUCCUCCAACAUUGGAGCUUCCUCCACCAACUGAACCCAAGGGAAAGAUUUCACUAUUGAAAAAUAAAGUCUGCAGACAAGAUUUAACUGAAGUACAGACAGAAAUAAUUUCAGAUGAGGAGGAAGGGGAAAGACAAAUGCACCAGUCUGUUUUGUCGCAGAAAGUUCAAUAUGAACCCUCAAAUGAAGAAAAUGACUUGCUAGAAAAAGAUCCGUCAAAAGAGAGUAAAGAGCGAGAUGGACCAGAGACAGGUUCAGAAUCAUCAUCGGGCCUUGCUGCUUCAUGUUUCGAGGCUUAUGACUCAUCUAAACGAAAUCUUCAGGAGCAUUUUGAAGCGGAUUUGGGUUUAACGCAAACAACGGAGUGGGAUAUGGCUGACAAGCAGCAAUACACAUUUCAAAAAGAGAGAUUGCUGGACAAUGAGAUUGAAGACAGCUGCGAUACCGAAGACAGUUGCGAUUACCCGACUGGGUCGGCGCGCAACUAUUUGACCGUGUCCGAACGUUUGCUGAAGUGUUCAGCGCCACCGUAUUCCGAGGAUGAGGAUUCUGAAAGUGGAGAUCGCCGUUGGCCCAAAAGCAGCAAACCAAAAAAGGUGGGGCGUAUGCAAAAACAUGCUAACUUUAUGAACGUCCAACCCAAAGCCAACAGUCUAACUGAUGAUUUGGUGGUUUCCAAUAAAGUACAAAUACUUGCUUCGUCAGAGGAUGACAAUUAUGUUGAACUGAAUAAUGAGAAGAUUGAUACCAACAAGCCAGUUACCGUAGGACGUAUCAUAAUCCUGGACUCUGACACGGAGGAAAAAGAACAACACUGUAAAGCAUCAAAACGGAAAAGAUUCUCUCAUGGGUCCACUGGACAGUGUUAAUGACAUUUUUGUCCACCUUAAAUAGGGAUCAGCAUCUUCAUCAUCUGCAACUGGAAUGAGACUGAAAUCCUCACUAAAAAGUGGGUAAAAGUACUUGGGUACUCUCUAAGUCUUUUAAUGCAUAGAAUGCAAGUUUUAUUUGAUGGUAACUUCCAGUGGAUGUGUUUUUCUUUGUCCUCUUGUCAGAAUACGUGUCAAGUAAAACACCGUUAGUCCUUUGAUGUUGGCUGUUGAACGGCCGUCCAUCCAACCAACCAUGCAUGCAAUUAGCAUCAACAACAACAAAAAAAGCUUUCAAAAGCUUUCAUUCAGUUUUGCCUGGUCAAAAGAACAUUUCAGAUAUCCAUGAAUAUUCUUCCUAUCCACAAUUAGCUUAUCAGACAUCUGCAACAUCGCAAUAUUCUGUAUAAUUUCGUAAGUUAAAAUGUGAAUAGCACAUUUGAAAAAGCAUAUACAGUGUAUAUAGGCCUUACUGAGUCCGAAAAAAUGAAACAUCGUAGAAUAGUUUUGUGUACAUUCGACUGCGCUGUCUUGAACAGAUGUCAUUAAAUAAAUCACUCCGUAGACAAAAAUACAUUUGCAGAAGGGCUUUGUAUCGAUCUCCAGCAUAGUCAAGCAACCAAAUACAUUUACAACGAGAGGGCGUAAAUAUAUAAAAGAGUACCAGUGUAUGAAGUCAAAUUGAGAAACUGACAUAAAUGUGAAUGGAACAAUUGUGGUUCAGACACAGAUCAGAAGUUGUGUCUCCACGGUGACACUUUCCACAGGUUCUUUUUAAAUGUUGGGUCCUCUGUCAUUAGCCUAUCAGGAAGGGAAAGAAGCUCCAAUUCUAGGAUGGGGGGGAAAAGUCCAAAAGCCAGUAUCUGUGAUGGGAUGGUGUAGGUUAGUGCCCAUGGCAUGGGUAAGUUGCACAUCUGUGAAGGCACCAUGAAUGCUGAAAGGUACAUACAGGCUUUGGAGGGAGCAACAUAUGCUGCCAUCCAAGCAAUGUCGUUAUUGGGACGUCCUUGCUGUAUUUCAUCAAGACAUUGACAAUCCACAUUCUAUGUUGGACAGGUUAUAGGUUAAGUAAUAGUGGAAAAACGUUUUAAAAUGAUCGAUCUUGUUCUCUUUUUUGUAUACAGUAAACCUCCGCUAUAUUGCGGUUCACGCUUUACGGUGAUUUUUAUUA